GUCUGAGAGAGAAUAUCAGUGCUUGAGUGAGAAAGAGAAAAACCUAGAGAGAAAAGAGAGCGCUGCCCCACGGCGGCCGGAAUCCUCAUCUCCGCCUUUACCGUUUACUUUCCGGUAACGAAAAACACUUGAAAUUCUCCUCUGACAUUUUCUUCGGUGACUUUGCGGGUGGAUUUGUUUUUUGUUGUAGGUAAACCGUUUAGUUUUCUUCUUUACCUGAAUCCUCACAUCAUUUUCCUUUCUCCGUCAUCUUCGCUUGCAAUUCUUUCUGUUAAGGAAGUAAAAUUGUUAACGGCACUCAGACAUAUCGUGUGUUGUUUGUAUAAAGUUGAUAUAUUUCCGGGUCUAUCCUUGUCUUCGCUUUGUUUCCGUAAAAUGCGGUGAGUUUGUUAGGUUUUGUUAGCAAUUGUGUGCUCUGUUUUGAAGCUUGGGCCAUUGAAAUGAGAAAGUUGCUUAGUAUCUGUCUGUUUUUGCUAUUGGCUCAUGUUAUUACUGUGAAAUCAUUGAAUCCAACUCUGGAUGAUGAUGUGCUGGGCUUGAUCGUGUUCAAGGCAGACCUUCAAGAUCCAGAUGGUAAAUUGGCUUCUUGGAACGAAGAUGAUGAUAGUCCCUGUAAAUGGAAAGGCGUUCGGUGUAACCCUAGAUCUAACAGGGUAUCUGACCUUGUUCUUGAUGGGUUUGGGCUCUCGGGAAAGAUGGGACGUGGCCUGAUGCAGUUAAAGUUUCUUACCAAGUUAUCAUUGGCUAAGAACAAUCUUACAGGAAGCAUAGGAGUCAAUCUCGCCCAACUUGCUAGCCUUCGGGUGAUUGAUUUGAGUGGAAACGGUUUCUCUGGACCAGUUCCUUCUAAUUUUUUCGAGCAAUGUGGGUCCUUAAGGUCAAUUUCUUUAGCCAAUAACAAGUUUUCGGGCAAAAUUCCAGAUAGUUUGGCUUCAUGUUCAUCUCUUGGUACCCUCAACUUUUCAUCCAACCAGUUUUCAGGCCUAUUACCUUCAGGUAUCUGGUCCUUGCAUGGACUUAGAUCACUUGAUCUUUCUGAUAAUCUUUUGGAGGGUGAGAUUCCGAAGGAGAUCGAAGGUUUGUAUAACCUGAGGGAAAUUAGGUUGAGAAAGAACCAGUUUACCGGUGAAGUUCCAGAUGAAAUUGGAGCUUGUGCGCUGUUGAGAUCUGUUGAUUUGAGUGAAAAUUCCUUUUCUGGGGCUCUACCAACCACAUUGCAGCAGCUUUCUUUGUGUAAUAAUCUAAAUUUUCACAGCAAUUUGUUCACUGGCGAGGUCACUGAAUGGAUCGGGGAACUCGGUAGGCUUCAAACUGUUGAUCUUUCCAACAAUAUGUUUUCUGGCGCUGUCCCAAACGCCAUUGGUAAUAUUCUUUCUUUAAAAGCACUGAAUAUUUCCAACAAUGGCUUCUCUGGGAGCUUACCAGCGUCAAUGGUCAAUUGCCAAAACAUUGAGAGCUUAGAUGUGAGUCGGAACUCACUCACAGGGUUUCUUCCUACCUGGGUAUUUCAGAUAGGGCUACAAAACAUUCUGUUUUCAGAGAACAAGCUGACUGGAAGCAUCUAUGGUGCUCUUACUUCCUCCAUUGAUAUCUCACACCAGAAUCUUCAAGUUCUUGAUAUAUCCCACAAUGCAUUGUCUGGUGAAAUCCCAUCUGAAAUUGGGAGCUUUACCAGCUUGCGAUUCUUGAAUAUAUCCAAGAAUGCACUGAUGGGGGAAAUCCCAGAAACUAUCGGGAAGCUAAAGGCUUUGGAUUUUCUUGAUUUGAGUGAAAAUCAGUUGAAUGGAAGCAUUCCUCACGAAAUAGGAGGAGCAACUUCCCUGAAGGAUCUGAUACUAUCACGAAACUCCCUUGAUGGUAACAUUCCAAGCUCCAUUGGCACAUGUUCAUCCCUAACUUCACUGAUUUUAUCACGAAACAAUCUCUCUGGGCAAAUUCCUGUAGCAAUGGCAAAACUCAGUGAUCUUGAGUAUGUAGAUCUCUCUUUCAACAAACUCACUGGAACCCUACCUAAACCAUUAGCAAAUCUCGUCCAUCUUGUCUCCUUCAAUGUCUCACACAAUCAACUACAAGGUGAACUACCAGCCGGAGCUUUCUUCAACACCAUAUCUCCCUCCUCAGUCGCCGGAAACCCAACUCUUUGUGGUGCUGCAGUCAACAAAAGCUGCCCUGCUGUCCUUCCAAAACCAAUCGUCCUCAACCCAAACUCAACAGGAACAGACCCUGAGACAAUCCCUCCAACUCUCACACACAAAAGAAUACUUCUUUCCAUUUCUGCCCUCAUUGCCAUUGGUGCAGCUGCCUUCAUUGUCAUCGGAAUCAUCUUCAUCACUGUUCUCAAUCUUCGUGUCCGUUCCUCCAUGUCCCGGUCAGCCGCCGCCAUUCCAUUAUCCGGUGGCGACUUCAGCAGUUCCCCCACCACCGACACAAAUUCCGGCAAGCUGGUGAUGUUUUCCGGUGACCCCGACUUCAGUACAGGAGCACACGCACUGUUAAACAAGGACUGCGAGCUUGGGCGCGGUGGGUUCGGGGCGGUUUACCGAACUGUUCUUGGAGAUGGUCGAUCGGUUGCCAUCAAAAAGCUUACAGUCUCAAGCCUUGUGAAAUCUCAAGAAGAUUUCGAGAGAGAGGUUAAGAAACUUGGAAAGAUUCAUCACCCGAAUCUUGUUGCUCUUGAAGGGUAUUACUGGACUCCAUCAUUGCAACUCCUGAUAUAUGAAUUUGUUUCUGGCGGGAAUCUUUACAAGCAUCUUCAUGAGGGAGAAGAUGAAGAUGGGAACAGAAGCUCCCUUACAUGGAACGAAAGAUUCAAUAUCAUUUUAGGGAUUGCUAAAAGUAUGGCGCAUUUACAUCAACUUAAUAUCAUACAUUACAAUCUGAAAUCCAGUAAUGUGCUAAUUGAUGGUUUGGGUGAGCCGAAAGUUGCUGAUUUUGGGCUUGCGAGGCUCCUACCGAUGCUGGAUCGGUAUGUUCUAAGCAGCAAAAUUCAGAGUGCUUUGGGGUACAUGGCGCCGGAGUUUGCUUGUAAAACGGUGAAGAUUACUGAAAAAUGCGAUGUUUAUGGAUUUGGGGUUUUGGUUCUGGAGAUUGUGACUGGGCGGAGACCGGUGGAGUACAUGGAGGAUGAUGUGGUGAUACUUUGUGAUAUGGUUCGUGGGGCUCUUGAAGAAGGAAGGGUGGAUGAAUGUAUUGAUCAAAGGCUACAAGGGAAGUUUCCGGCUGAAGAAGUAAUUCCGGUGAUGAAAUUAGGGUUAAUUUGUACGUCACAAGUGCCUUCCAACCGGCCUGACAUGGCGGAGGUUAUUAACAUAUUGGGGCUUAUCAAAUGCCCUUCGUCGGAAAGCCAGGAGGAGGAGGAAUCCGGUUAAAAUUGGUUUAAUUAUGAAAAUGGUGAUCGGUGAUUGGUUAUCCGGCGAAGAUGAAUCCGGUUAGCGUUUUUUUUUUUUUUUUUUUUUUUUUUUUCAAGGAGAGAGAAGAGGGUUUUGAAUUUUGAUUAUCGCUUGUACUGUACUGCUCUCUGUUUAGCGUUUAAGUUACCGGAUUCGUUUUCACCGGAUCCAAUUUCGGAUCCAUUUACCCCUACUUUUGUUUGUUGUUAUGACAUGGGUUAUUGUUUAA